AUGGACCCGACCAUGUCGACCCAAGAGCUGCAGCUCUGCCAGCACUUGAUAGAGCUUCCGAGGCGACACGGUUCUCGGUACAAUGACGCCGCUCGUCGCGACCUGCUACACAACCUCUUCUGGUCUAUGGCUGGAGGACGGCCCGAGUACCUUCGCCUGUUCUUUCCAGACGGCAAGCUCACGCCGCAGAGCACGUUGCAGCUUAGGGAAGCACAAGGAGCUGUCGACGGCGCAGAAUACACCGAGGCAGCAAGAGGCAAGGCUUGUGGUCACAUCUUCCGCGCUGGCGAGGCUACGUAUGGCUGCCGUACCUGCUCUGCCGACGACACCUGCGUCCUCUGCAGCAAAUGUUUCGACGCCACCGAUCACGAAGGCCACCUAGUCAAGAUCACCAUAUCGCCAGGAAACAGCGGCUGCUGUGAUUGCGGGGAUCCUGAGGCUUGGAAGCGUCCCAUAUUCUGUACCAUACAUUCCGAGCGUGACUCGGACCGGUCCAAGGGAAAAGGCAAGGAGGCAGCCGGCCUGCCCGAUGACCUCGUCAAAAACGUGCGCAUGACGGUCGCCAGGGUGCUGGACUUCAUUUGCGACGUCAUAUCCUGUUCCCCGGAGCAGUUGAGACAGCCCAAGUCCAGAGAGUCCAUCGAGCAGGAUGAGAAGUCGUCACGCCUCAACUCGGUCUACAAUGGCGGAGAUCUGGAGUCCCCGGACGAGUGGGCAGUCCUCCUGUGGAACGAUGAGAAGCAUACCGUGGACGAGGUACAAUCCCAAGUGGCCCGGGCCUGCCGGAAGAGUAUGGCUGAGGGAUACCAGAGGGCUCUGGAAACGGACAGCAUCGGACGCAGCAUCCUUAUGUACAGCAACGACAUCGACCACCUCCUCCACGUGGCCAAGAUUCUUGAGCAGAUCAAGGUUACCGUCACAAUCCGAUCCUCUCGCGACACAUUUCGCGAACAGAUGUGCGGCACGCUGAUCGGUUGGCUCAAUGACAUUGCCGGCUGUUUCGUCGGCUCCGAUGGCAGUCUGCUCAGACAGGUCGUCUGCGAGGAGCUCCUCAUGCCGUGGAGAAAAGGAAGUCCUGCCGCCCACGCCAGCAACUUGCCAGAUAUCGAAGACGAGGAACUCCUUGAGCAGCAGCACGAGGAGAAUGAGACUGCACGCUUUUUCCUGAGGCGCAACCGAAUUAUUGCACGGAUGAAUGCUGCAGGCGGCGGAGUCACGACAACCACAACCUUGGCCAACAUCCUGGACGACUCAGAUGAUGAUGGCAACCAGACCCCUAUGAGCGAUGAGGAGGACCAUGACCACGAUGAUGAUGACGACGACGUCGACGAUGACGACGAUUUGGAUGGCGAUGUAAUGAUGAUUGACGCGGGAACCGCCGGCGGCGGCGAUGUCAACAUGUCCGACUGGCGGACCGAUGCCGCUGGGGACGCACUCGAAGAGGAGGAGGCCACCAUGGCAGGAUAUCCACCUCCUCCACCGCCGCCACCACCUGCUCCUAGACGCACCACGCGAGAUCGAGAGCUGACGCCGUCGGACUCGGAUACCGCUGAGCCUUUGAUCGCGCCAACAGUGUACGCAAAGGCGAAUUUAGAAAUACCUAAGACGCCUGGCCCGAACAAGGCAGACAGCUCAGAACCCCCGCGGCCCGGCCGAUACUGGGUAGAGAUGCCUGCGGCCUAUAUGGAACCUGCAAAGGAGCGCCCCUAUGAAGAUGUUUUCGAACGGGUGCGGCUUGAUUGGCUUAUUCUCUUUGAUUUGAGAAUGUGGAAAAGGGUCCGGCAAGAUCUUCGGUCCCUGUACAUAUCCACUGUAGUCACCAUUCCCGAGUUCAAACGGAUACUCGGCCUGAGGUUUGCUGCCCUCUACACUUUGCUCGCUCAGUUGUAUCUGAUCGGAGAUCGCGAGCCUGAUCAUUCUAUCAUCAACAUCUCCCUGCAGAUGCUGACAACUCCGUCUAUCACCGCCGAAGUUGUCGAACGGGGGAACUUCUUGACCAACCUCUUGGCCAUUUUGUACACCUUCUUGACAACAAGACAGGUGGGACAUCCGUGGGAAGUCUCAUCAAGUGCGGUUCUGGGGUUUGAUACAGGUUCUGUCACCAACAGGCGCAUGUAUCAUUUUUAUGUUGACAUCAAGUACUUAUUUGGAUCACCGCACGUCCAAGAGCGCAUGAGGACUGAGGAGAGGUAUCUAAUGCAGUUCCUCGAUCUAGUUAAGCUUCAUCAAGGAAUAUGCCCUAACACAAGGGCGGUGGGUGAGCAUGUUGAGUAUGAGACCGACAGCUGGAUCGGAGCGUCUCUGAUGACGCGUGAGAUCAACUCCCUCUGCAGACUGCUAGCCGACUCUUUCCGGAAUCUUCCUGCGCACGACUCCCAAUAUGUCUCCAAAGCUAUCAGGUUGACUGCUAAGAACGUCAUCAUCAGCUCGAUUGGAGCCGAGCGUGCAAGAUUUACGCAGGCGGAGGUCAAAGAUGAGGUUCGCUUCAAACCGCUCACCGAUUUCGAAUUUGCUGGCGAAUCCGUAACCUACAAUGUCGUCAAAUUUGUGGUCGAGGAGCAGCCAAUCAGCUUCCACCAUGCUCUGCACUAUACUUUAUCCUGGCUCAUUGAAUGCGGGAAGCACAUGUCAUCUCAGCAGCUCACUUCAGUGCUGAGCUUCACCACACAAGAACUCAAGAUCCAGCCACGGUCUAUGGGCCGUAAGACCAUGCCCAAACGUGAUUAUGCAUCAGAGGAUUAUCUGAUGGCUGCAUUCGACUACCCGCUACGAGUCUGCGCCUGGCUGGCUCAAAUCAAGGCUAGCAUGUGGGUUCGAAACGGUAUCAGCCUACGACAUCAAGCCGUCACGUACCGGAGCCAGCUCCACAGAAACCAUACCCAUCAUCGCGAUAUCUUCUUGCUACAGACUGCUAUGGUCGUUUGUGAUCCCAGCCGCGUUCUUGUCUCUAUCGUAGACCGUUUUGGGAUGGAGAAAUGGAUAAAGGGGUUCUUCGAGCAAACUUCCGAAGGUCAAGAUGAGACGCAACGUCUGGACGUUAUCGAGGAUAUGAUACACCUACUCAUCGUUUUACUAAGCGACAGAACGUCCUUGCUUCCGACUCAGGAUGAGCAUGAGACGCAUCUCAUGGCCAUGCGGCGGGAUGUCACUCAUGUCCUCUGUUUCCGGCCUCUAUCUUUCAACGAGAUUUGCAGCAAACUGCCGGACAGAUUCCACGAGCAAGAAGAUUUCCAGAGGGUCCUCGACGAGGUUGCUACCUUCAAGGCGCCUGAAGGAAUAUCAGAUGUUGGCACGUUUGAACUGAGGCCUCAAUUCAUCGAGGAUAUCGACCCAUACAUUGCGUAUUAUAACAAGAACCAGAGGGAAGAAUCAGAGGCUGCUUACCGUAAGAUGAUGGCAAAGAAGACAGGAAAAGCUGUCGAAGAUGUUGUUUACGAGCCAAGAUUGAGGCCCAUCCCAUCUGGAGCUUUUGCUGGAUUGGGUCAGUUCACCAGCACGGGAAUGUUUGCACAAAUCAUCUACUAUUGCCUACUGUAUCCUCUGGUUGCAGCUAAGCUUACCCCUGACGUCCCCUUCACCCGCGUUGAGGCAUUCUUGCAAGUUGUAUUGCACCUGGUGCUCAUUGCAAUUGCCGAGGACAAGACCGAUGAGAAGAAUUCUCAAGAUAAUUCUUUCAUCUAUACGGCCCUCAACACACCAGGUCGUAGCAAUUUCUUACAGGAUGCACCCACGGCAAAGACCAUAGUCUCUCUACUGGAGUUGAUGUCUGACAACGAAGGAAUGAAGGCGUGCCAGCCGAAGAUCACGUUGAUCCUCAAGAGGAUGAGACAGAAGAUGCCGACACAUUUCGACUCGGCGUACCAACGACUUGGGAUACCCAUAGAUAGACUGGAUACGGCGUCUCCUGCCAGCACACAGAACGCCGAUGAAGAGCGCGAACGGAAGAAGAAGGCUGCUUUAGACCGACAAGCCAAAGUCAUGGCCCAGUUCCAGCAACAACAGAAGAGUUUUCUGGAAAUGCAAGGGGAUAUCGAUUGGGGUGAUGAGGAUAUUGAUGAUGUCGACGAGGCACAGCCUAUGGAAGAACAGAAGAACUUCUGGAAGUACCCCAGGGGGACCUGCAUUCUCUGCCAAGAAGACACCGAUGAUGGACGUCUAUACGGCACUUUUGGGUUAUUUCUUGACAGUCACCUGCUUCGACAGACAGAUUUCCAAGACGCCGAUUUCGUCCGAGAAGCUGCAAAUACCCCCAUCAAUCUAGACCGAUCGGCAGAUCCAAUCCGCCCGUUUGGCCUGGCACACGAAAAUCGGAAGAUGGUCGAAAAGGUCAACGCAGCCGGAGAGAGCUUCCUUGCCGAGAAGCAAGGCGUCGGUAAGGGGUUUCCCGCAAACCUGUGUCGGCCUGGGCCAGUAGCAGUUUCCUGCGGUCACAUUAUGCACUACAACUGUUUUGAGACAUAUAUCGAGGCCACUUCCCGUCGCCACGUCCAUCAGAUUGCGCGUCACCAUCCUGAAUCGCUGGAGCGGAAAGAGUUUGUUUGCCCCUUGUGCAAAGCUCUUGGAAAUGCGUUCCUCCCUAUUACCUGGGACGGCAAAGAGGAAUCCUAUCCAGGUGUUCUGCAGAAUCCGGAUGACUUUGCCUCGUUUCUCGAAAAGCCGGCGGUACCGGCCGGCUACGCGAACCAGUUCAUGGCGGGUCAGCAAGCUUUCGCAAAUUACGUGAAGGCAAAGAUGCCAGAGAGCCUGGCCGAUGUGUCUUCCCAAGCGGGAUCGGAAUCGUGGGAGCCUGUGGGCUCACAGUCUGCGGGUGUCGGUACUCCUUUCAGUGACACCUUCUCAGCGGUGGCAACGCCUGACUCCAGCGUUCGGUCGAGAAGUCCGGAAACGCAGAGCAACGACAAAGUUUUGAGGCGAGCUCAUCAACGACUGCGAGAGACUCUUCAGAGCAAUAAGCUUCUCGCCAGUGCAGGGUUCGACAUCAAAGAGGAAGAUCUUGGCGGCAACUGGGCUUUGACCCGUGCUGUUGGCUACUCUAUCUCGGCUACAGAAAUCGCACAGAGAGGCGUCGAAGCUCAAUACGGAAUGACUUUGAUCGAGAAGAUUCCAGAGCAGACACUUAUCCAGCUUCGUAUACUUUCCGAGACCGUAUCCUCCUAUAUCUCCAUUGGGGGCAUGAGGUAUGGCGGCGAAAACCGGAUUUCGAACGAGUUUCUCCGGGAUGCUGAGCGACAGUAUACCCAGCUCUUCAUCGCAGACUAUAUGAAUCAGGAGACUAUCAAAGGCACCCGGCCGAUCGACGAUUUCCAGCCGAUCUUGAGCGAGGAUCCCUUCAUCUUCAUGUGCGAGAGCGCGUUCAGCGUUGCUGUCUCUCACAACAUGGAUGUCAACAACCUUCUUCGGCUUUGUUACCUUGCCGAGAUCGUAAAGACGGUGUACCACAUCUCACGUAACAUGCCCAUAGGCCGGUGGCUCGAGCAAAUGGUUCACCGCGAUCCGGAGGACACGGCCCUGGGCAACUUUGCGACAUUCUGUAAUUUUGUCACCCUGACGGGCAUAAAGUGCAGUGAGGAGAUCAACGAGAUAGCCGACGAUGUACCUAACGUCGGUUUCGAUCAACCGUGUAUGGAUAGCCUGGCCAAGUUCUACGCCUUCGUCAAGAAGUACGCUCUCGUCUUCCUUCGCAAGAGCACCAUCCUGCUUCACGUCCACUAUGGCGUGGAUUUCAACAGCUACGUCCCUGCGGCGCCUGAGGAGGAUGAGCUGUCUCGCCUCACGGCAGCACUACGCGUCCCGUCCUUUGACGAGAUGUGUGCAGCGUUGACACCGUAUGCCACAAGCUGCGGCUGGUCCCCACGCAUCGAGCCCAUCGUGCGCGGAUGGGUCCGGCAUCAAGUGCACCACCCUGCCCCUGUCCCGUCCGGCAAACGCGAAGGUCCCCACGUCCUGCCCCCCUCUGCCCAGGUCAGCCACCCGGGCAUCUUUGAGCUCGUCGGCCUGCCCAAGAACUACGAUACCUUGAUUGAGCAGUGUGCGCAGCGUCGCUGCCCCAGCACCGGCAAGGACGUCGCAGACCCCAUCGUGUGUCUGAUGUGCGGCGAGAUAUUCUGCGGCCAGACCAUUUGCUGUCUCAAGAGCUACAGACCGGAGGGGCCUGGCGAGCAGCAGCGGACAAUGAAGAUCGGGGGUGCCACCCAGCACAUGUUGUUCAAAUGCCAGCGCAACAUCGGCCUCUUUAUCAACAUCCGCAAGUGCUCCAUCUUCUACCUCCACCGCGUCAGCGGCUCCUUCAGCAACGCGCCCUACAUCGACCGCUACGGCGAGGUCGACGUCGGCCUGCGCCACGGCCGCCUGCUCUUCCUCAACCAGCGCCGCUACGACGCCCUGCGCGCCAUCUGGCUCUCGCACGGCAUACCCAGCUUCAUCAGCCGCAAGCUCGAGGCCGACAUCAACAACGGCGGCUGGGAGACGAUCUAG